AUGGGUGUGGAUAUCCCUUUCAACGAGUCCAGAAGUGUCAUGAUGGCGGCACUCGUGAGCUUGGAGGAGUCCCGCGAGGCGGCGGUAGAGAGUGCUAAGGGCGUUGGCAUCGAAGAUAGCUGCCUACCAGUGGACCUUUCAGUGUUUCCCUGUUCUAUAGAUGCCAAAUGUUUUACACAGAACACAAAGCUUAUUACCCAUCAGCCAGCUAAGGCAGGUGAGAAGCCAUUUCCAUGUUCUGAGUGUGGAAAAUGUUUUACAUACAAAUCAGCUCUUGUUACACAUCAGAGAAGACACACAGGUGAGAAGCCAUUUCCAUGUGCUGAGUGCGGGAAAUGUUUUACCCGGAAAUCACAACUUGUUACACAUCAGCGAAGUCACACAGGUGAGAGGCCAUUUCCAUGUUCUGAGUGUGGGAAAUGUUUUACAUACAAAUCAGCUCUUGUUACACAUCAGAGAAGACACACAGGUGAGAAGCCAUUUCCAUGUGCUGAGUGCGGGAAAUGUUUUACCCGGAAAUCCCAACUUGUUACACAUCAGCGAAGUCACACAGGUGAGAGGCCAUUUCCAUGUUCUGAGUGUGGGAAAUGUUUUACAUACAAAUCAACUCUUGAUGCACAUAAGAGAAAUCACACAGGUACAUCACCAUUUCCAUGUUCUGAGUGUGGGAAAUAUUUUGCAUGUAAAUCACAACUUGUUGCACAUCAGAGAAGUCACACAGGUGAGAAACCAUUUCCAUGUUCUGAGUGUGGGAAAUGUUUUGUAUGGAAAUCACAACUUGUUAUACAUCAGCGAAGUCACACAGGUGAGAAGCCAUUUCCAUGUUCUGACUGUGGAAAAUGUUUUGCACGGAAAUCAGUUCUUGUUACACAUCAGAGAAGUCACACAGGUGAGAAUCCAAUUUCUUGCUCUGAGUGUGGGAAAUGUUUUACCCGGCAAUCACAACUUGUUAGACAUCAGCGAAGUCACACAGGUGAGAGGCCAUUUCCAUGUCCUGAGUGUGGGAAAUGUUUUGCACACAAAUCAGAUCUUGUUUUUCAUCAGAGAAAUCACACAGGUGAGAAGCCAUUUUCUUGCUCUGAGUGCGCGAAAUGUUAUACUCAGAAAUCACAACUUGUUAGACAUCAGAGAAGUCACACAGGUGAGAAUCCAAUUACUUGCUCUGAGUGUGGGAAAUGUUUUACAUGGAAAUCACAACUUGUUAAACAUCAGAGAAGUCACACAGGUGAGCAGCCGUUUCCAUGUUCUGAGUGUGGGAAAUGUUUUGCACAUAAAUCAUAUCUUAUUAAACAUCAGAGAACUCACACAGGUGAGAAGCCAUUUUCUUGCUCUGAGUGUGGGAAAUGUUUUACACAAAAAUCACAUCUUGUUAGACAUCAGCGAAGUCACACAGGUGAGAAGCCAUUUCCAUGUGCUGAGUGUGGGAAAUGUUUUACACGGAAAUUACAACUUGUUACACACCAGAGAAGACACACAGGUGAGAAGCCAUUUUAAUCUUCUGGAGUAUACUUAUCAUUGCCAUGCGAUGUUCUUCAAGGUUCUUAUCCUACCUCCUGUGCUUUUUUCAAUAUACAUGCUACCACUGGGUAUAAUAAUCAGAUGUCAUGCCAUCAUCUACCACUGCUAUGCAGAUCUGUCUUUUGCUCCGCGUACUGAAAACCCAGUACCAAUCCUAAAUGUCUAGCUGAGCUCCAGGUGUGGGUGAUGCCAGUUGGCUGUGACUCAGUCCUGGUGAAACAGGUUCUUAUGGUAGAAGCUCACCAUCAAAGGGCAGGGCUACAGCUCAGCUUCGUAAACCAGACUUAUGCUUGGGGGUUCAGAGUUACAAAAUGCUGAUCCUGUGCGGAAUAUUGGUGUCCUGGAUGGUGGAGUGACACUUAGACAUCAGGUAUCAGCCACAAUCAGAUCCUCAUCUGAGGAACAUAGCCAGACUCCAGCACUUAUUUCCCUCAGAAGAUCUACCUACAGUCAUACAUGCACUUGUAUCAUCACACAUAGACUACUGCAAUG